AAAAAAUAUUAGCUAACCAACGGAAACGUAAUAUAGGACUAAAGAAUGUAAACACCGACGGACGCUAUCACCUAUAUGUUGCAAAUCAUGGACCGAAAUUAGAAACUCUUCAAAGCUUUUUGUAGCAGACUUCAACGGCUGUCAAUAUCACCUAGUGCAGGCAGAGUAAAAACCGCUUUUGAGAAUCACAGUGUUAAUAAUUCAUAUAGCCCGUAAGACGAAGGAAACGUUAAAAAUCGAGGUCACUUUUAGACUUUUGAUCGAUAUUUCUGACUGCGUUAAUUUUUGAGGUUUCUUAAACAUGCUAAAAUUGUCUUGUUCUUGUUUUUCUUUGACGUAUCAAAAUACAAGAGAUGCAUAAUCAAAUAUUCAAAAGAGGGGAUUGUGGCUUUGCUCUCUCAGGCAGCCGUAUUCCAAAGCAAGUAUAGAAUUUUCUGAGUAUAGUAAGCAUCCCAGUAUUUCUUUUGGAUCCGACCCAAAUGAAUGUUUGUCGGCCGCUAAAAGCUGAACUCGUCAAGAAAGUGACACGCGUAGCCAAAGGAAUCCUUGUGACUUCAGUCUUGUCUCUACUCCUCGUUUUGGUUCUGGUUACCCUUCCAAAAAUCGAAAGUUCAAAAUUUAAAUUGGGAGGCUGUACUGUCACGGCGACAAAGCUAAUCACAACUCACGACAAGAGACUUCAAUGCGACUGUAUCAAACGGAACAGCAAUUCAAAAUGCACAAUUUAUUAUCCUUGUUUGCAAAUUUAUGUGUCCUUCAACAAUCGAUCAGAACAUGAUGCUUUAGCCGUGAAAGACCGUCGGCAAAUUACUAAAGAGUGUUCUUAUAUACUCAGAGACUCCGAAUGUGGAACAACUGAAGAAGUUUACAGAAAUGUGAACGGUUUCCUUGAACGAUGGGGCUUGGUAAAUUCGUCUUACAAAUGUUAUCAUAACUCAAGGAUUCAAGAUCGGGUGAUUUUAACAAACAAUGCAUUGGAUACUGUUUUGGCUGUAGCCUUGACUCUAAUUUCUUCUGUUGGAGUAGCCAUUGGUUUGGCUUUGUUUUGUUUGAAAAAACAGAUUAGUUUGAUCAUACUGAAGCGCGCCAGGAGACUCAGAAUAAAUGAACAGUUGGAUUCCCUUGCCCAGGGUUCAGCGAGUGAUGACGAAAUGGAAUAUUAAACUAUUCCAUUUCGUCAUCAGUCGCUGAACCCUAAUGAGAGACAAAGCACAAUGGUGUUUACGAGCUAGCAAGGCUCGGUGGUUGAUGAAGGGAACCAGCUACACUCCUUGUAGUGCUCUCAUCUCUCACAAACUUAUGAAUAUGAUCAUGAUGCGCAAAGUUUAACUUGAAUUCACCUCUGUGAUAUUAAUAAACUAAAUCCAAGUUCUGAAAACCCGACUCUUGCUCGGUAUCCAACGAAAAACGUAUUAAAAAGCCUAAAAAUAUGGACAGCGGACUCCAUCCGACCUCUGUCACGUGGUAGCAAAUUACUGUUCGAAAUUAGAAACUUCAAAACUUA